UUCAGUCGCUAUGGAUACAGCGUGUGUAGUUAGGCGUCGCUUCUCUCUUGCUUUGUGAGGCGUGCGUGCAUCUCUUGUGGAUUACAGCAUCCUAUCUUCCUUGGCUGUCUGCAACUUUACACGUGCACUCUACGGGAAUUGCAGCAACCAGCGUCCAGCCUGAAUGCUUGCUGUGCUUCAGUUUGUGUUUGUGUGUUCACGUCAUGUGGAUGUUUUAAACGGGACGCCGGCGACAGCACCUCCGACGCUCAACAGUCUGGAAGGAACAGUAUUAUGCGGCUGACCAGCAGUUGGACAUGGACGGACCGUGCCAGAAGUGCGUUGGUCAGUGCACCGCCUUCACGCCGCAUUUCUGGAGAAAAGUGUGCCGCAAUUGCAAGUGUCCACGAGAGGAUCACCAGGAAGGCUCCACUGGACCGGCUAGCCAGGCUGAGGUGGAACGGCUUCUGCAGAAGAGUGCCUCAGCGACUGUUGGAAGCGUCUCUGGCCCAGGUGGUGCGGGGGUACCCGGAAUAAUCCCCACCAGUGGUUCACCCGCUGUACCUCUUGAUCCUGCACAGCGUCAGUCCCAUUCCGAUGACGACAGCGGGUGUGCCCUAGAGGAGUACACUUGGGUGCCGCCAGGACUCAAACCGGAACAGGUGCACUUGUACUUCUCGUCGUUGCCCGAGGCCAAAGUACCGUACGUGAACAGUGUGGGAGAGAAGUACCGUAUCCGUCAGCUGCUGCAUCAACUUCCGCCGCAUGACUCCGAGGUGCGCUACUGCAACGGGCUCUCCGAGGAGGAACGCCGCGAGCUGCGCCUCUUCUCGGCACAGCGUAAGCGCGAGGCCCUCGGCAGAGGAACCGUCCGGCAGCUCCCCGUCGAGCUACCUGUGCCUGUCGUCUGCCAGAAUUGUGAGGAGCCCUUGCAAGGGGCAGACAUGUGCGUACUGGCAUCUCGGGCAGGCCCCAACUGCGGCUGGCAUCCGGCCUGUUUCACCUGCUAUACCUGCAGCGAGCUCCUUGUAGACCUCAUCUACUUCUACAGGGACGGGAAGCUCUACUGCGGAAGGCAUCACGCAGAGAGCCUUAAGCCACGCUGCUCCGCAUGUGACGAGAUCAUCUUCGCUGACGAGUGCACGGAGGCAGAAGGGCAAGCUUGGCACAUGCGCCACUUCGCCUGUUUCGAGUGUGACCGCCAGCUGGGCGGUCAGCGCUACAUCAUGCGCGAUGGACGGCCAUUCUGUCUCCACUGUUUCGAUGCCCUAUUUGCCGAGUACUGCGAUACGUGUGGUGAACCUGUUGGCGUGGACCAGGGCCAAAUGUCUCACGAGGGACAACACUGGCAUGCCACUGACGCUUGCUUCCGCUGUGCCACCUGUACGCAGUCCUUACUUGGGAGGCCUUUCCUGCCACGAAGAGGACUAAUCUACUGCUCCUUACAUUGUAGCAAAUCUGAUCCGAAAACGACUACGAGGCGAAGCAGCUCUCCAACCAACAAGAAAACGAUUAAUCCACCCACUGCACCACAGCUAGCAAUCACGAACACCCCAACAAAAUCCAGCCCACGAGGGAGUCCACAGCAGAGCCCUUUUGCGUACCGGAAGCAGACAGCCGGUACCCGAAGUUACGCUACGCCUCCCCCGUUGCCAGCCACUAGCCCUCCACCGGACGACGACCCACCGAGUCCGACACCCGAAUCCGUUCACCAGCACUCAUUCGAUUCAACGUCAUCGCGAGGCAACUCGGACACAACAGUGACGGUUUGCACCACCGAUUCGCCGCGCACACCCCGACGAACAGAUCUUUCGGAAUCAUCGUCUUCGCGAUUUAGUCCCCUUCCUCCAGUGCGGACCAGUCCGUGUGCUCUGCAAGAAAGGUCGUGUCGGUCGCCUGGAAGUGCCCAAAGCACAGAAGGGGCAACGCAUAAGAAUGGCCCGCUUAAUAAAUCUCCAGGGUUGGUUUCAGAAUCUCCUCUUGCACGGUCGAGGCCAUACGGGACGUCUCUUUGCCAGACUCCACCCAGGCAAGCGGGGUUACUUCCCGUAUCACCAAAUCUCAACAGGAGGAUACCGUCGUCACUUCAAAGCUCACCAACUCCUCCAUAUGCGUCGGGUCUUCCGAUGCAGUCGUCCUCAGCGGCACCGUCCCCAAAGCGUUUCACGUCAGCCAACCUCGGACGGUCUUAUGGAUCGCCACCGCAGCAUUCUGCAGCUCCUCCUCCCAUGCAUGGUGCUCGUCAGAAGACGGUCUUUUCAAGCAGCGCGGAAGGUUCUAUCUUGCCGUCCCGUCAACAAACCCCGCAGGGUUUCGCUUCACAUUCCCCUACGCACCAGGCGCACAACUCACCCUCGAGGUACUCCUCCGAAAUAAUGCCGAUGUUGCCUAUGCCCUCGCCCUCUCAGCUAGUGCGAGGAAUCAUAAGCCAAGGCGAACAGAUGAGGACAAAUGGAUGCCACCAUCAAGCCACGGACCGACAAGUUCUUUACUACAACCAGAGCGUCGUCCCAGUGACAGCCAGCGGCGAAGUUUCCGCCUCUACGCCAUCCAGUGCUAGACGCCGAGAACCAAUUAACAUGUCGGACCUACGGCUAGGUGCCCUUCUCGCGAGUUCCGAGGUAUUUGUGGAAGUCGUCGAAGAAAUUCAGAAUGGGCCUUUUAGUCGUUCGAGCAGCCACCGUUUAUCGGGGUCCCACUUCUCAAUGCCGAACCUGAGUCAAGGACAGGCGUCUUGCGACGUGCAAGACGCAAUCGGUUUACCGGACUCUACUAGUACGCCCGUUGCACAGCCUACUCCGCAGAAGAUGUCCGUACGCUUUGAUCCGAGUCUGGGUCAUCCCGAGAGCGACGUUGAAACGAGGCGAGCGCCGAGGUCGCGGCGGUCUCGACGGCGUCGUGACGACGACGACUCCAGUUCGAGCGAGGGCUACGAUGACACUCGGGUCACCGUGCAUUCUCAGCCGAAAUCUCAUCGAAUGCGACGCAGCAAAAGUUACGGUGGACGCAGCCACGACGGUGCAUCGUCUUCGAAGUGCUGUCAGAGACAAGUGGGUCACGAACAACAUGUAGAUUACGGCGACGACGCGUGCAGUACUUGUUCGAGUUCCAGUUCGGACGAUUUUCCCUACGAGCUCCCACAGCGUAGGGCGUACGGUGGUGCGCGCAUUUCGUAUGUGAGCAGUGAUGCAUUGGCUGUGGCAAGGCAGCGAACAAGGACCAAUUCGGGGGAAAAGAAAGGUCAGCCUGAUAAAAACUGUAUUAUUUCUUGAGGUCACUCGUGAGCCGCGGCUUGUUUCAGUAUUAGGCUGUAGAAGCAGUGUUCAUGGCCCCUUUCGGUGCAGAUUGCCGAAGAUGUGUUGUAGUAUAGGUGAGGGCAAACAUGAACAACUUUGUUUCUUAGGUUAAAUGUAGCGAUCUGCUGAAAUCCUUUGUGUCACGCCGUGCAAGCAACUUGCAGUGCGUUUCUUUUGAGAUAGGUAGGCAGAAUGGUAUCACUUUGUAAACAAUCAUUCAUUGGGAAGAAAAACACUGAACCAUUCUUUGUCUCAGAGCUCACCUUAAUAUCAAUACUGUUCUUCACUUGUACAGAUAGUGAGGUACUGUCCUAUUGUGACCAUAUGUACUAUGUGCAUUGUACAGUAUUUUACGCUUAACGAAAGUACUACUUUUAAUGCGGAGCGUGUCGUUUGCCCUUCAGACUCAAUGUACCUGCAUAAAAGCAUGUUGAUAAGAAAUGUACGCCAUGACACGGUUGAGCCGGACAGUGCUCACAAUCCAUGUCAGUCCCAAAUAAUAAUCGAAAGAAGUAGGUUGCCGUGUGGUUGAGUCACAAAAAAAAAUUGCAAAGUUCAAUUUACUUAAUCUAUGUUGUGCAAGUCACACCACAUAUUUAGUAAAACAGCUAUUGUUAUGACCCCGCAAGGAUGUGUUUCCCAGGAAAUGAAAUACUCAAGAUGCAAAAGUUGGACCUAAGUGAUCCAGUAGGCUAUUGCAUUUACCACAGCCAUUUGUCAGCAGGUGUGCAAAAAUAUGCAACAGGCAGAAGUGAUAGCUUUGAAAUUACAUUAUGUGUGCCCUAAAAGUACAGACAGAUGAAACUAAUUGGGAAUUUAACCACAAAAAUGUGAUAUACAUAUACAGGUUCAGGGGCAGAUCCAGGUCCUCACUUUUUUUGGGGGGAGGGGGGGAGAGAGGGGGAAACUUAAUGUUUAACCUGGUGACUUGGGAGGGCAAUCCCCCUGGAUCUGCCACUGUACUGGUUACAUUUGUUGACUAGCUGUUUUUAAGGUUCAAUGACACAGCUGUUAAAAACCCUUUAUGGAUUUUUCAAAUGAAGAAAAAUGUAAUACAGUCGAACCUCGAUAUAACGAGACUAACGGGGAAUAUUAUUUCUUUCGUUGUACUGAAUAGUUUGUUGUAUCGCGCCUACCAAAAUAUGGCAUCCAGUUGCGGCAGGGAAUGCAAAUUAUUUCGCUGUACUGUGAAUUUCGUUGUAUAACGUCUGGUUAUAACGAGGUUUGACUGUAACUGAUAAUAAUAUUUAAAGGUAGGCUGAGUUUGCAUUGAUGACAAACCUAGAGCCAAGGAUUUUGGAGCGAGCGAGAAGUACCUACUGGAAUUGUCCAUUGCAUGGUGCAUAUAUUGUGAAUAUUGCUUUAUCAUGCUUUCUUUACACCAGAGGUAUAAUUUUACCUUCAGCACAACUCAGGUGCGGUGGAGGAAGUAAGACAUGAAAAUAAAACCAUUUUCAUGAAUUGUCA